GCACUAGCGCCAACGGGAAACCGUUUGGGACAGUGACGCGCGUCGGAGGCCCCCGCGGUGGCAGGGAAGAGAGCGCUUCGGGCGGAGUGAGCGACCCGCGGGGCUACGAUGGCGACGGCGGGGGGUUCGGGCGGGCCCCCGGAGGCGGCCCCCGCGGCGCUGCAGCGGGAGCCCGUGUAUAACUGGCAGGCCACCAAGGGCUCGCUGCAGGAGCGCUUCGCCUUCCUCUUCACCAACGAGCUGCUCAGCGACGUGCGCUUCGUCGUGGGCAAGGGCGGCCCGCGACAGCCCGGCAGCGGCGGCGGGCCCGGCCAGCAGCGCAUCCCCGCCCACCGCUUCUUGCUGGCCGCCGGCAGCGCCGUCUUCGACGCCAUGUUCAACGGUGGCAUGGCCACCACCUCGGCCGAGAUCGAGCUGCCCGACGUAGAGCCCGCCGCCUUCUUGGCACUGCUCAGGUUUCUUUAUUCAGAUGAAGUGCAGAUUGGUCCUGAAACUGUUAUGACUACUCUUUACACUGCCAAGAAAUAUGCAGUCCCAGCCCUGGAAGCACAUUGUGUGGAUUUUCUCACUAAACACCUUAGAGCAGAUAAUGCCUUUAUGCUUCUUACCCAGGCUCGAUUAUUUGAUGAACCUCAGCUUGCAAGUCUUUGUCUUGAUACUAUAGACAAAAGCACAAUGGAUGCAAUAAGUGCAGAAGGUUUUACUGAUAUUGACAUAGACACACUAUGUGCAGUACUAGAAAGAGACACACUUAGUAUUCGAGAAAAUAGACUCUUUGGAGCUGUUGUUCGCUGGGCAGAAGCAGAGUGUCAAAGACAGCAGCUGCCUGUGACAUCAGGAAACAAACAGAAAGUGCUUGGAAAAGCUUUAUCUCUAAUCCGUUUUCCACUAAUGACUAUUGAAGAGUUUGCAGCAGGUCCUGCUCAGUCUGGAAUUUUGUCAGAUCGGGAAGUGGUAAAUCUCUUUCUGCAUUUUACGGUCAAUCCUAAACCUAGAGUUGAUUAUAUUGACCGACCAAGAUGUUGCCUCAGAGGAAAAGAAUGCAGCAUAAACAGGUUCCAGCAAGUGGAGAGCCGUUGGGGGUACAGCGGAACAAGUGACCGAAUCAGGUUCACAGUUAAUAGAAGGAUUUCCAUAGUGGGAUUUGGAUUGUAUGGAUCUAUUCAUGGACCCACAGAUUAUCAAGUCAAUAUACAGAUAAUUGAAUAUGAAAAAAAUCAAACACUGGGACAAAAUGAUACUGGAUUUAGUUGUGAUGGAACUGCUAAUACAUUCAGAGUUAUGUUUAAAGAACCUAUAGAAAUUUUGCCAACCAUCUCCUACACAGCUUGUGCAACACUCAAAGGUCCUGAUUCCCAUUAUGGUACGAAAGGAUUGAAGAAAGUAAUCCAUGAAUCUCCCACUGCUAGCAAAACCUGCUUUUCUUUCUCUAGUUCACCUGGUAACAACAAUGGUACAUCGAUAGAGGAUGGACAAAUACCAGAAAUAAUAUUUUAUACAUAAUUACACAGUAUAGUACAUCUGCUAUAAUACAGCAGCAAUGUAUAGACUGAUAUUGAUUUAAAGUACUUUCUAUUGGGGGCAGUUAUUAAAUUCUAUGAAAUUAACAUAAAUAUAUAAUCUCCAUGUGUAAUAAGAAUUAGAAAAUUUCUUAUAGGAGAUAUCAGAAAAAUCUAUUUUUCUCUCUGCAUGAUUGGCAGGGUAUCAGUCAGCUAACAGAUGUAAUUCCUUUUACCUUUACAAAACCUUGAAAAUAAGAAGUACUCUCUAUUGUAAAGGUAUUUUUAAACAUUUUCUUGUGUUUUGUUGUUGGUCUUUUUUUAAACUUUCUGACUCCUUACAUUGUCUUCAGCAGUUGGUGAAAUUAUCCUUAGAUCUUUGAGUUUGUUAUGGAAUUUUGGGUUUUUUUCCUUUAAAUAUGCAAUAUCUAUAUUACUUUGUCCCAGAUUGCAUUUCCUUCUAAAAUAUGGACUCAAUUGACAACUUUAGUUACAGCAACAAAACUGGAUUUAUAUUCUUUUUCUUAAAUGAGCCAUGAAGAAAUAUGUGGGUUAAAACUGUAAACAGUACCUGGAAUUGUAUUAAAGAAAUAUAGCACACACUUAUCGUUGAGAUCUGCAAUGUACAAUAUUUGAAUGCCCUUGGUUUCAUUCAGAAAUGUGUAUUUUACAGUAAUGCACUAGAGCAUGCGUGUAAGUUGGUAUGGUGAUGACUAUUGUUUAUAAAUAUGUCUGCAACAUUGUAUAAUGUGACGAUAUGAAUAUGCAAGACUUCCGUUAAUAGUAUUCUAGGACCUGGAUGCUCAAGCAUUAACACUAAAAUCUUGAUGUGAUUUAA